UUGUCUCGUAUCCUUCUCUACUAUGUACCGCAUAUAGUAGUGUCGCCGCCGACCGUGGCUUUUACUUCGCGGGCCCCCGGCCCCUGUCGACAUCAGGUUGCAUGCCUGAGACCUUCCAGUUCUCCAGCAUCAACUAUUACUCCCCAGGAAUCUGUCCUGUAGGGUACACGACUGCAUGCCACAGCUUAGACUUGAUAGGGACGCUUUCCGAAACGGUAGUGACGUGUUGUCCGACGCCCUAUGCAUACAAUAGCCUGCCGAACUUGGGGGCGUAUCCUUGGCAAUAUACUUUUGGUUGCCAAUCAGCCUUCGGCUCUGGAGAUGUUUUUCCGACCGCUGUCUUUGCCUCGGGAACAGCACAUGUGUCUACAGGGCCAACCACCGCACUUGAAGGUGCUGCGAAUGCCCUUAGCGUCCAGAUAAGAUACCAAUCUACUGACUUUCAAUCUUUAAUACCUGCCCCAACACCUACCCCAACCUCAACGACAACAAUUGCCUCGAUAUCAGCCACCGUUGGAGCUGGCAGCGGCGGCGACCACGUGAUCAGCCCUGGCGUAGUGGUGGGCAUUGGCGUUGGAUCUGCAGCCGUGGCUCUUUUUCUCGCCGAUGCAUUCGUGUUGUGCUUUGGGCCGUAGACGCCGACUGGCUGAGAAUCCGUCUGCGAGUCAAGGCCUCACCCAGAAGAAUACUAUUCCAAUCCAUACGAACACAGCGGCGUCGGGAUUCCCAAUGGCGGAAGUGCCUGCGGAGCAAGUGCGACGGUUAGAAAUGCCAACCUUGCCAAGAGGCUGCCGUUCAAUUGAGUCGAUAUCAGCGCCAGCCUUGAUCCAACAAUCUCCACUCCCAACCCACAGAUAACUUUCACACUG